GACAGCCCUCCCCUCUGGUGUCGUGACGUACAGUACACAAAAACACAAAGGUUCACAGACAGCUCUAGCAGUUUCGUGGAGAUCAGAGGUGACAGCAGCAUGUUUGUGAAGACAGUAGCCUUGCUCGGCUUGGCCCUGGCAGUGAGUGCCAUUCCUUUGGAACACCCAGAGAAAGGCAAAAACUGGGUAGUCAUUGUUGCCGGUUCUAACAGCUGGUACAACUACAGGCAUCAGGCAGAUGCAUGCCACGCCUACCAGAUAGUCCACAAAAAUGGAAUUCCUGAUGAGCAGAUUGUUGUGAUGAUGUAUGAUGACCUCGCGCAGAAUGAAGAAAAUCCAACAAAAGGAAUUGUCAUUAAUAGGCCAAAUGGUACCGAUGUCUACAAAGGAGUUGUUAAGGACUACAUUGGGGAGGCUGUAACCCCAAAGAAUUUCCUAGCGGUACUGGAAGGGGAUGCAGAGGCAGUACAGGGCGUUGGAUCUGGGAAGGUGCUGAAGAGCGGUCCAAAUGAUCAUGUAUUUGUUUACUUCACUGACCAUGGAGCCCCAGGCCUCCUGGCCUUUCCAAGUGAUGAUCUUCACGUAAAGGAUCUUAACAAGACAAUCACAAAUAUGUACAAAAACAACAAAUACAAAAAGAUGGUGUUCUAUAUUGAGGCCUGUGAGUCUGGGUCAAUGAUGAACCAUCUGCCUGGCAAUAUUAAUGUGUACGCCACCACUGCUGCCAACUCCCACGAGUCCUCCUACGCCUGCUACUACGACGAGAAGAGAGAAACCUACCUGGGAGACUGGUACAGCGUCAACUGGAUGGAAGAUUCUGAUGUUGAGGAUCUGACUAAAGAAACCAUUAUACAACAGUUCAAGAUUGUGAAGAGCCACACCAAUACCAGUCAUGUGAUGCAGUAUGGAAACAAGACGUUAGCCCACAUGAAGGUGAUGCAGUUCCAGGGUAACUCUCAUGAGAACUCUCAGCCUGCCGCUCCCAUCAGCCUCCCCCCCAUCGAGGACCCUGACCUGGUCCCCAGCCCUGAUGUCCCCCUCGCCAUCCUCAAGAGGAAACUGAUGGCCACCAAUGACAUCUCCACUGCCAAGCGCUACUUGGAGGAGAUCAACUCACAUCUGAAGGUCAGAGAGCUGCUGAAGGAGACCAUGAGAAGGAUUGUGUCCGUGGUGACUGAAUCCAAGGAAAGGACAGAGCAGGCUCUCGCUGACAGACUGGAGCUCACCACCAAGCAUGACUGCUACCAGGCUGCUGUGGAACACUACAAAACACGCUGCUUCAACUGGCACUCGCCCACGUAUGAAUAUGCUCUGAGACAACUCUAUGCUCUUGUGAACCUUUGUGAAGGAGGUUUUCCUGUUAACAGAAUCCAGGAGGCAAUGAACAAGGUGUGCUUCGCUUCAAAUUAAACCUCAUCUGUACCAACUGAUGGAGGAGGUCAGCUCUUCCUUGAAAAUAAGUUACGUGGAGAGACAACAAACGUGGCUCUGAGCACUAAUGAAUCACUAUUUUGAAUUAGAAUUUUUAUAUUAUACAUACAUGUGCCUAUAUAUAUAUAUA